UCGUAUCUAAAUUGAUAUUAAAAAUCAACAAUGGACGAUUCGCAAGCUUUUAAUCAAAACUCCGAUAUGGGCGACAAAAUCUCGGAGCCAAAAUACGAGACCAACGACCAAGCAUCGAAUUGCUCACGCAAUCCCAUCACCGGCAUGGGCUUGAAUGGAGAUGGUGUCGGUGGUCUGAAGCCCAAAAUAGCCAAGAACCGAGCUGGCAAUCCGGUUACAGGCGAGGGCUACAAAUCUGGUCACACCGAUAUGGAAGUGCUCCGAAAAAUAAGUCGUCGACCAGGUCCAUUUUCCUAAGCAGCUCGAUCAAUUGGUUUAUUUGCCACAAGAAGACGCCCAACAUUAGCUCCAUGUCGAGUUGCCUUUGUUUAACCACACGACGCUGUUUUCCAUUUUAAUUAUACAAUUUUGCAGCUCGAUAUUGCGACUACUCGGGUUUGUGGUUUAUUUCAAGGCUGCUUUUGAACCGAACCUGGUUCAAAGCCGCAAUUUCAGUUUACUUUUAGCCAUGAGCCAAAGCAGUUGCCCGAAAGAACAGCGGAACCGAAACACUUUUUAUAGAAACUUAAUAGGAAUGACGAUAUUUUUCAAAAAUGCUUUAGCUUCAAAAUAAAACAAUUUGAUG